CCAAAACAUUUGGCGUUUAUGACUUGGAAGGUCAUCAAGUACGUCGGUGGUGUAUGUAGGCACCGGGCUGUAUGGGCUACAGCAGUCACCUGGCUGCUGCGCUGAACAGGCAGGUAAAACUCCCUGCUUGUGGCACUGGAAAAAAUCCCGCAGACGUACUGGCAGAAGUUAUGUUUUCAUAGGACAAAGACAUUUCCAAAGCCUACAGCUCAGCCCUUCACAACAGAAAGUUCAUCAUGUCUGCAUGCCUUCAGCGAGAGAAGGGUUCAGCCAGUGGGGCUGAGACCAGGAGAACCGAACCCCGAGGCAAGGAUAAGAAAUCAUGGGCAUCCUACAUGACCAACUCCCCUACAGUCAUAGUUAUGAUUGGCCUACCAGCCCGGGGCAAGACCUACAUAUCAAAGAAGCUGACCCGCUACCUGAACUGGAUCGGUGUGCCAACCAAGGUGUUUAAUUUGGGCGUGUACCGUCGAGAGGCCGUCAGAGCGUAUAAAUCCUACGACUUUUUCAGGCAUGACAAUGAGGAAGCCAUGAAAAUAAGGAAACAGUGUGCGUUGGUGGCGUUGCAAGAUGUGAAGGCCUACUUGAACGAGGAAGGUGGACAGAUUGCUGUGUUUGACGCAACCAACACGACGAGGGAGAGGCGAGACCUCAUCCUGAGCUUUGCCGAGGAGAAUGCGUAUAAGGUCUUCUUUGUGGAGUCUGUGUGUGACGAUCCUGAAGUCAUUGCUGCCAAUAUUAUGGAAGUGAAGGUCUCAAGUCCAGAUUACCCAGAAAGCAACAGGGACAGGGUGAUGGAUGACUUCCUGAAGCGGAUCGAAUGCUACAAAGUGACAUAUCAGCCACUGGACCCUGAUGAAUGUGACAAAGACUUAUCGUUCAUCAAGGUGAUGAAUGUGGGUCGUCAGUUCCUGGUGAACCGCGUGCAGGACUACAUCCAGAGUAAGAUUGUGUACUACCUCAUGAACAUCCAUGUGCACUCCCACUCCAUCUACCUGUGCCGACACGGUGAGAGUGACCACAACAUGCAGGGCCGCAUCGGCGGUGACUCCGAACUCUCCCCACGAGGAAAGCAGUUUUCCCAUGCGCUGCGUGACUUCAUUGAGGAGCACAAGCUGUCAGACCUGAAGGUGUGGACCAGUCAGCUGAGGCGCACCAUUCAGACUGCGGAGGAGCUGGGGGUCCCCUAUGAGCAGUGGAAGAUCCUCAAUGAGAUAGACGCUGGUGUGUGUGAGGAGAUGACGUAUGAAAUGAUCCAGAACACAUUCCCAGAAGAGUUUGCCUUGAGAGAUCAGGACAAGUAUCACUACCGUUACCCCGGAGGAGAGUCUUACCAGGAUCUGGUGCAGCGUCUGGAGCCAGUGAUCAUGGAGCUGGAGCGCCAGGGGAAUGUGCUGGUCAUCUGCCACCAGGCAGUCAUGCGCUGUCUGCUGGCCUACUUUCUGGACAAAAGUGCAGAUGACCUACCCUACUUGAAAUGUCCUCUCCAUACAGUUCUGAAACUGACACCAGUGGCUUAUGGUUGCAAAGUGGAGACGUUUUACCUGAAUGUGGAAGCCGUGAGCACCCACCGCGACCGACCCCUCGGUAAAGUGCGAAGAGAGCCCGCACCCGUCCUGCUCCGACGGAAUAGUUUCACCCCUCUUUCCAGUCACGACCAGAUUAAACGCCCCCGGCUCUACAGCGCCGGCAACCGGCCCUGGCUGCCCCUCGCCCCCUCCCCCUCUGCCCUGCAGUUCCCCGGGACGCCAGAGGGGGAGCUGAUGCAUCAACAAAGCCAACCCCGCUUAGGAAACAGCUGUCUGAACCCCUGUGUGAAGGAUAUGACUCUGACUCCCCAGAAGAAGCUAGUGACUGUGUUCGUUUCUGAAUAGACCUAUCAGAAGACUCACACUCCACUCAAGACUCCCUGAUACCUCCUCACCCACAACCAACAGACAACUCCUUGUGGGUUUCCUUUCUGCUCCUCCUGCCUCCUCCUCUCUGUGGCCCUCUGUAUGACAUUACAUAUAUACAGUAUAUGCAUAUUGUUAUAACCAACCAGCAUGUCAAAUAUCCACAAGUAGACAGCUGAACAGUCCUAUGCAUGUGUCCUUUACAUGGGCCCUGGACCCCUUCCCAAAUGUAAUGCUUUCAGUAGUCAAAUGUUUUCAGCUGAAUGCCUUAUAGCCUGUGACUACUCACAAGAAACAUCAGUUGUCACAGAACUAAAUGUUGGAUAAAGCCAAGGGUAGCUGCUAAUGUGCUAACUCAACAACAUUGUUUUCUCUGUGAAUUCAGGUCUAGGUUCAGUCUUAAGCGUCUGCUGUUAGACUUAGACAUUAAUGAACUGACUGAAGCUCUUCAGUUUGUGCACAGUUUAUAGGCUUUGUGUGAAACUAGAUCAGGCAGUGGCAAUGACUGUGUUUUUACACUAAGGCCUGUGCUAUGUGAACACUACAAGCUUUAACUGUGUCCGAUGUGAUUGUAAGAUUAUUUUUUUUAAUAUAUUGAAGAAUUGGAAUAGAUGACUAUGGUUAUGUCUGAUAAGACAAUACAGAAAUGUCUCACACGCUUAAAUCUUAGUGCAAAGACACCAAAAAUGAUCUAUAUGAAUGCAUCAACUUGAUUUGAAUAUUUAUUUGUGUAGUAAAGCUAGAGGUUUGCAUUGCAAUUAGUUAUUAUAGUUAUUAUUGCAAAUAGUUAGCUUAUUAUAUUUUUGAGGAGGUCUUAUUGUGGGAAUGCAUUACAGGUUUAAGUUCAUUUAGGGAUAGAGCAAGCUUACUCCACAUACACUUGUACCUCAAAGAAAUGGACGAGGCAGUUUUCAGAAGAUUCUAGAAGAUUAGGUGACAUUUUGGUCACUUAAUAGUAAAGAAAGGCUUCAUAAAGUGAUGAAGGGACCAAAAACUGUUGUCAUGUUGGGUUCCCUUUCAACAUCGUCAAUAUGCUAUCCAAAUUACAUGGAUGAACAUCUGGCUAAUUUGUUGAAUGGUUGUGGAGGGUUUGUUUUUAAAAUAACUGUUCAGAUUAUUUCAAAAGUUUGACAUGCACAGGAAUAGCUGAUGAAAUGUGUAAACUGACUUCAAAAACGCUGGAGGCAACGCAGGCCAUUUUGCCUUUAGUUGAAUGGUAGCGCCCCCUUGUUGUAAAAUGACACUUUAACUAUAUGCCUACAUUCUCGGAGCAGGGGUAGAGGCAGGUAAAAAAAAUAGUGCACACCAAAACUUCACCAAGAUAUAUCUUCACUUACUGCUACAAAAGGAUAUUAUUGUGCCUUUCACAGCUCCUUUGUCAGAAAUAAUUUUUUAUGUGCUCUUGAGCUCAGUGGUCUGCUAGGAGGAUAUCAUUGCAGUAGAUUUGACAGAAAAUUUAAUACACUGCAUGAAUUGGAUUUGGCUGGGGUUGUUUCACCCUAUGUCAUUAUACAUUUUGAAACAGGCCUUAAUCAAAUUGACCAACACACAUGUUAUGAAAAUAUUUUAUUUUCAGAUUUCAGAUGGAAAACAUUUUGCAAUUUUAAAGAAAACUCCAUUCGGCAUCAGAUAAAAUCAAAUAACAUAAGUUGGGAAUUCAGUUUUGAAGAAUGUUUUUAUGUCAAUUUGGCAAGAUUCUGAGUGACUUGUUUUUGUAAUACAAGUGAGCGCUUUGAUAUUAGAGCCUACCAGCAAAAGCUAUAUUAAAUAUGUAGAUGAUAUUUAUAGAAAUAUGCUUUUUUAGGGGUGACAACCAUACUGAAGGAUGUACAUAUGUUUGCAUACAUUUGUUUCAUGUUCAUGUCGAAUUUUGCUACAAAAAAGGAAAUAUGAACUGGGGCCUACUGUUGCUCCAUCGCACACUGUACAAUGCAGCUGUAAAUGUGAGAUUUGUGGUGGACAGACUGUUUGUUCAGUAAAACACUGUCUUGGUUUUGAACUGCAUUUGAAUUACUUGUAGGGACUUUUGAGAGAACUUGAUGAAAACCAUUGAUGUAUCAAAUGUGCUUUUGUUGUACAUGCUGUGCCUCUGGAGAAACUGAAAGUACUGUAUCCACCUUGUGACAAUGCUUCUAUUUGACUAAUAUACACUGAAGUUUUUGAGAGCACCUCUGCUGAAUUGUGUCCAGUAAGGUGCCAUGACGGUUUCAACAAGUCUGUCUAGUUCAUUGGGUUACAACAAGUCAGACUUGUUCUGGAACUGUUGCUGUGUUAGGCCUACUAUUGAAUGUGUUAUCGAGUUGAGUUAUCAGUUUGUCAGGUCAAUAACAACUGUCUUUCUGUGAUGCUGAAACGCAAAAGCUCAUAAUCUACUGUAAUAUCCAGAUUUGUCAUGUUUUCUCUACAUAUAUUUUGUGCUGUCUCCCGUUUAGUUAAGCUGUUGUCGGUAGAAUCACAUUUAUGGCUGUAAUAAUACAAAUAUAAUCGGUAUAUUAAAAUGCUUAAAAUAUA